GCAACCUCUCGCCGAGCCAGAGAUUCAGACACACAUCGAGAAGCAGCCGCCGCUCUCCAAGCGGCAAACUCGGAACUGCCCGGCAGGGACUGGAGCCCCUCCAGCCAGCGCGCCCGGCAGGGACCCGCGCGGACAGACCGAGCCGUCCUGCUGCUCCCCGGCUCGCGUCUGCUCCGUCCCGCUCUGCUUGUCCCAGGCGCGGCAAGGCGGCGUGAGAAGCGGCGGGGGAAAGGAAGCUGUAUGUUACAUCUUGAAGAAAAAAUGUUUUUGAACAGAGGAAAAUACCAACAUUACAAUUUUAUGUCUAUUUAUCAAGUAUACAAAAGCAAAAUGAUGCUCCAAAACCCAGGCCAGGUAUCUGCAUCAGAAGUCAGCGCCUCCGCAAUUGUUCCCUGUUUGUCUCCUACAGCGUCACUGGGGUUUGAGGAUUUCACAAAUCUAACCCCACUGGUGAAGGAGGAAUUGAGAUUUGCCAUCCAAAAUAAGUGCCUAUCCCACAGGAUGUCUUCCACAUUGGAUACAGUGACCGUGUUGGAAAGACCUGUUGAAAUGUCUGUUCUGAAAGCAGAGUUUUCGCCCCAAGAAGAUGAAAGGAAAAAGAGAAGAAGGGAAAGGAACAAAAUUGCAGCUGCAAAAUGCCGAAACAAAAAGAAGGAGAAAACAGAAUGUUUGCAGAAAGAAUCAGAAAAGUUGGAAACUAUCAACGCAGAACUAAAGGCCCAGAUUGAAGAGCUAAAGAAUGAGAAGCAACAUUUGAUAUACAUGCUCAAUCUCCACAGGCCAACUUGCAUAGUUCGAGCACAGAACGGGAGAACACCCGAGGACGAAAGAAACCUCUUUAUUCAACAGAUCAAAGAAGGAACAUUGCAGGGUUAAGGCAAACCAAGAGUUCUCAUAGUGCAUCUUUACACCAAAAAAACAGAAACCAUCGAGGAUUUGACUCAAUGUGUAUCUGUAGGAUCCUAUUAGUCUAGAACCGUUAGGCAGGGGAGAUUGCUUUGUUAAGCAGGAAGGAUCAUGUUGGCUUAGCUGUGAUUCUUCCUCUCCAAAGAUUUGGUCUCGAUCAAGUCGAAGAGUCCUCUGCCUCAACUCUAGGUUUUAGUACUUGUCAUACUUGCUGUUCCUAGAAGCUACAGACAACAGCGCCGGAAGUUUUAGGUCUCUGUAGUGUACAGUGCCUGCACUCAUGAUGUUUGUGUUAGAACACUAUGACUUCCAAUGAUGCACAUCGUACCGACAGCUGUGCUGGAUGGACACUAUCUUUCCUUGUUGCUGGUAGGGAAAGCACACUGAGAGUGUUUUUAAAGUUUUGCAAUGUUUCCAGAAUGAUGCUUUCUGGCAGAAUGUGUUGCUAUGUGAUGGGACAUACUGUAGUCUAACCUAAUGCUGCAAAGACUUUCGUUUCAAACUAAGCAUUGUACUUUUUUUUUUUCACAACACUUGUGUGGGUUUUUUUUAUGACUCAGCGGCAGAUUCUGAGAAGUCUGAGAGAUGUGACAAGUGUCAGUUUCUUGCCAAAUGUCCAUGUAACUAAGUUUGCAUUUACUGAACUGGAACCUCACUCACUGUUCUUCAGGAAUUGCAAUUUUGCCAUGAAAAAUAGGAAAGCACCUUGGCCUUUGUGCACCCAAUGUAUAAUAUUUCAUAUGGGUGAUAUUUCAAAGAACUUAAUGGAAACAAAAUUACACAGUAAAAAUAGACUUGAAAAAUCUAAUGAUUCCCUAAUGUCUUGGGUUCUGAGCAUGCAAUCUUUAUUCAGGCAAAACUCCCAUUUAUCAUUCAUUCUGAGUGAAAUUUACCCCGUGCAGAGGGCAGGUGCAAGGGCUAUACAUCAUGUAAGCCCUAUUUUGACGCUAUAAAUGUAAUUUAAAUAAUGCAUCCACCUUAUGCUGGCCCUCUGCACAUGGGUGAAUUGCACUUUUUGGGAAGAGGGAACUAACCAGGAAGGGACUUCAAUAAGACUUUUGCUUGAGUAAGGAUUGCAGGAUUGAACCCCAAAUUUGUGAAUCACAGAAAAUAGAAAUGGAAAAGACUUAAUACAUUAGAUCACACAGGGGCUGAUUCUGCACACCUUUACUCAAAUUAGUAAUCCUGUUCACACAAGUAGUCCCACACGUAGCUCUUACUCAUGUGAGCAAUGAUUUGAAGUCUCUCACCCUGUCAGGAUUAUUUCUUAUUGCCAGAUAAUUUAUACAGGGGAAAGAAUUCUGACUGUAGUAAUUUUUCUUUCAUAUUUGAGUGGUAACUGCAGCCAACCAAAAUGCUGUUUAGAAUCCAAGAAUAGCCUAGAACUUAACCUAAGGGUAGGUCCAUACUUACCUCCAGGUCCGGUGGUAAGAAAUCGAUCCUGGAUCGAUCCCGCAAGUGCCCGCUGUCGACGCCGGUACUCCUGCUCAGUGAGAGGUGUACGCGGAGUCGACGAGGGAGCCUGCCUGCCGCGUCUGGACCCGCGGUAAGUUUGAACUAAGGUAUUUCAACUUCAGCUACGUUAUUCACGUAGCUGAAGUUGUGUAUCUUAGUUCGAAGUGGGGGGUUAGUGUGGAUCAGGCCUUGGUGAUGUAGUGAGUAACUAUUUUU